CACUGGACUUGUGUUGUUGUUGGACUCUUCCAACAAGCUUUGCUGUUCUGGGGUAGCUAGCAAUUGUAGCCAGCUUGCUGGCUGUUGGUUACAUUUGGUCGUCGUUGAACAAAUCAGUCGUCUAAAACGAGUAUGUUCUGUUUUUAGGUUUGAGCUAUAGAAUAGGCUGCAUCAUUGCCAAUUUGUAUACAUCUUGUAAGAGCGUUAUUAAGUGUUGGGCCUCUGUAUCUGGGGCCCUGGACUCAACUAAACUUCGAAGCGGACCGUAAACUUACUUCCUCAAACAGAACUGUCAGCCAGGCCCGGGGCUCCAUCGGCCCUGUGGAUGAGGAAGUAACGGAAUAAAACACACCCAGGAGAUAGGAGCCCCUUUGAUGGGAGAAUCCUCUGUCCUGGACUCCUGGGUGAAUCAAAGUGCCAUGAUGGAUGAAAAGGAGGCGGCACUGAACUCUAUCAUGCAGGACUUGGCCGAACUGCAACGCUCCUGCCGCCCUGCCAUGUCUCUGUCUGACCUGGGCAAACCCAAGACCUCCUCCCCAAAGAACCAGAACGAUGUACGAGUGAAGUUCGAGUUCAAAGGGGAGAAAAGGAUCUUGCAGUUUCCUCGCCCAGUCAAACUAGAUGACCUGGAGCAAAAGGCCAAGGCGGCCUUUGGUCAAGCAAUGGACCUUCAUUACACCAACAAUGAGUUGGUGAUUCCCCUGACUACUCAAGAUGACCUGGACAAGGCUGUCGAGCUGCUGGAUCGCAGUGUCCACAUGAAGAGUCUCAAGAUCCUUCUGGUGCUCCAGGCCUCGUCUCAGUCCUCUUCAUCUAGCCUGGAUCGGCCAUCCUUUGAAGACCUGGACAACACAGGCUUCAGAGCCGCAGAGAUAACAAAGAACAUGUUGGCUUUGUUAGGGUCCCACUCCACGGAUCGCAGCUCGCCACCUCCAGGCUACAUUCCCGAUGCCCUCCAGCAGGUGGCCAGGAACGGGUCCUUCACCAGCAUCUACAGCGAGGGCGAGUUCAUUCCAGAGAGCAUGGACCAGAUGCUGGACCCGCUCUCCAUGAGCAGCCCCGAGAACUCUGCAUCAGGGAGUUGCCCUUCGCUCGACAGUCCUCUAGACAGCGAUUAUCCCAAGUCCCGUAUGCCCAGAGCACAGAGCUACCCGGACAAUCACCAAGACUUCACGGAAUGUGACAUCCCCGUGUUUGAGAAGUCGGGGAAAGGGGGGACGUACCCGCGGCGGUACCACGUCCCCUUCGGCCUCCAGGACUACAGCGACGGCCGCAAGACCUUCCCCCGCGCCCGGAGGACCCAGGUCCACGGCUUCCGCUCCCCGGUCAACUUCAGCCCCACGGAGCAGUCCCCCAGCACCAGCAGCGGCAGCAGCAUCUUCACCCCCGAGCUGGAGGAGCCGGGACGCAGGCGCCGGGGCAGCGACAUCGAGCCCACGCCCACCCUCUCCGUCAUGGACAUCAGUCCCCCCAGCCGCUCUCCACGCGCGCCCACCAACUGGCGCCUCGGCAAGCUGCUGGGCCAGGGGGCGUUCGGCCGGGUGUUCCUGUGCUACGACGCCGACACCGGACGAGAGCUGGCCGUCAAGCAGGUCCAGUUCGACCCGGAGAGCCCGGAGACCAGCAAGGAGGUGAGCGCCCUGGAGUGCGAGAUCCAGCUGUUGAAGAACCUGUGUCACGAGCGCAUCGUCCAGUACUACGGUUGCCUCCGCGACUCCAACGAGAGGACCCUGUCCAUCUUCAUGGAGUACAUGCCGGGGGGCUCCAUCAAGGACCAGCUGAAGUCGUACGGCGCCUUGACCGAAAACGUCACGCGCCGCUACACCCGCCAGAUCCUGGAGGGCGUCUCCUACCUGCACAGCAACAUGAUCGUCCACCGGGACAUCAAAGGGGCCAACAUCCUGAGGGACUCGGUGGGGAACGUGAAGCUGGGGGACUUCGGGGCGAGCCGGCGGCUGCAGACCAUCUGCCUGUCGGGGACAGGCAUCAAGUCCGUGACCGGCACCCCCUACUGGAUGAGCCCGGAGGUGAUCAGCGGAGAGGGCUACGGCAGGAAGGCCGACAUCUGGAGUGUGGGUUGCACCAUCGUGGAGAUGCUGACCCAGCGCCCGCCCUGGGCCGAGUUCGAGGCCAUGGCGGCCAUCUUUAAGAUCGCCACACAGCCCACCAACCCCGUGCUGCCCGUGUACGUGUCGGACCACUGCCGUGACUUCCUCAAGCGCAUCUUCGUGGACACCAAACAGAGGCCAUGGGCCGACGACCUGCUGAGGCACAUCUUCGUUCACUAGCCCCCCCACCACCCCCCCCCCCCUCCCAAUCCCCCAGAACUGCCAGAGAUGGCCUUAUCCACUCGGUCUCUCUGACCCCUUCCUCUUCAGCAUCGCGCAGAGACUCCAUGUGACCACACAGACAUUCUGGGAGAAUCUGUGGGGCAGGAGGAGGGAGAAGGUUGCUGUGAGACAGGACUUAGGUAGUCUCUGUUUGACAGAGUCUGCCAUGUAGGAACAUUCAUGAUCUAAAGAACGUUGCACCUUAAUUUCACAAAUGAGGUAAGUGCCCGUAAUGAACCGAACUUCGAAAGCGUGUCUUUUUUUUAAAAAUGUUUGUACCGUUGCUUCCUGCGACGUUGUGAGCGUGAGCGUGCGUGCUCUGGAUCUCAACGGAGAUUGGAAACGACCUGGAGUGUUCCGGACCCCGACCCAGAAUGUACCGCCAAAACCCCCCCGGAGCGCUUGGCUCCUGGGACACGCUGCUAUCGAACAACUCACCCGCCACCUGGAAACACCGUGGUGUCGGAGAACACUCCCCCACACACACACACAGACGCUUCUUAGGCUCGGGUCCGUCGUUCCCUGGCUCUGCCGCCGUCGCCAACAAAGACCCCAGCAGAAAGUAUCCCCCCCCCCCCGACCACACACUUCUUUACUGUAGAAUUGCCUAUGCUGAACAUGGAACUGCGUCCAGACAUGGAUUUGUUUCUGCAACCCGUGCGUCUGUCUGUUUUGUCUGCUGAGGUUUCUGCCAGGUCGUCUGUCACCACCUCUCUCUCCUCCCCCCCCUCCCUCCCCUACACUCCUCAUGUCCUCAUUCUUUGCCGUGUGCCUUUUUAACCGUGUCGAAAAAUCGUGUCCUGGAUUCGAAGCCUCCCUACGUUGUUGUUGUUGGUGUUCGGUGCGCGUCCGUGUGUCGGAACCGGUUGAGACGGGUACGCCAGGGGGGGUCACGUCCAGGUGGUCCUCUGGUGCCCAGGCAGGAGCCGACGCAACACAGCUUCCUCUGGCUCUGCUGCUCUGCUCAGCGGCCUCUCACCUCCCUCUCCUGUCCCGGCAGACUGGUCUCAGCUCAGCGCCGACGCGGCCCUCUGCCCUCACCUCGCUCAGAGGCCCAACCCCCCCCCCCCCCCCCCCUCCCUCCCCCCAACAGGUCCCAGAUCAGCUCAGUUACCUACAGCCUCAGAACACGCCAGAGCAACAGUGGCCCAGCCCUAACUCUUCGAUUGGCCAGAGGUUACUAAAGAGUAACAGAUAAGAGAUGGUGACCAGUGAAUAUUCUUCUAGGCCCAUCACUAUCAGGUACACAUUACCAUAAAGGUUCUCUGAAUGACACCAAGAAAAUACUGAUUGCUGAUCUCAAUGAGGUAUAAGGGAAAUACAGUGAGUACCACUGUAUGCCGAAAGGUGAAGGAAAAGAAUCCGACUGAUGUUGGCUCAUCAUAUGCAGUGCCCCUAUCCUUUCCUCCUGUGCACUCCACAAUGUGUUUACAUGUACAAUGUACCGCUGCGCUGAGCAGUUCCCUUGAGAUUCCCUGUUCCGAGAGGAAAACACAGUUCCACGAUGCCACUCCAUAUUGUAGGACAGUGUUAUGUCUCGUGUCCACACUCUCUCACACACUCCUUCAGCCUGCGUUACUCAGCAGAGAAUGCACCUCCGCUGGGCUUUUUUUCUUUUCUUUCAGAGGUCACUAUGACCACUUAAAACACUCGUUGAAUGUUUGGGGGCGUAUCACCAUCAUUGUCUUUCCCUACCCCUAAACUAGAGGAGAAACAAUACUGAUAGGAUCAAGAUUGACUCGUACUUGAUGAAUUUACAGGCUCUAUUGGAAGACGCGUGUCACCAGUCCCGAGGCUGUGUCGGCUGUUGUUGUGACAACCCGGAAGCAAACAUGGCUAUGUUCAGUAAAACAAAGUUGAAGUCAAGUAGGUAUGUUCAGGAGGGCCUCUAGGCACACCAUGUAUGACGUCCAGAAUGCUAGCAUGGGUACAUCCAGCAGAAGCUCUUUACUUGGCACCAUGCUGUAUAUGUUCCUGCAUCAACAGUAUACUGCCACCAACAUGGCUCCAUGCCUGUUUGUAAAAGUUUCUGGCAGCUAGAGGACAGAUAUUGGACUACUGUUUAAAGACGUGGGUUUUCUCUGCCUAGCUGGUCACCAAGCAGUAAGGGCUCCUCUUCCUGCCUUUCAGUCCUGGUUACUCGUACAAACCAAGCAACAUUCUAUUCAUACUGGGACUCGCCGAGUUUCCCCAUGAAAGCACUAUCUAAAAGGUACAUGCGUUUUGGUUUGGUUUUUUUACGUUGGACACACACUCCGUUGAGCUUAUUGUUUAUGUCCAUUUUUUUUUUUUUCACAAUGACCCUUUGCACAUUUUUAAGACUUAUUUGAAUUUUAAUGCAGCUGUGUGUAUGUGUGUGUGUGUGUGUGAGAGAGAGAGAGAGAGGGGGAGAGUGUGUCCGUGUGUCCGUGUGUCCGUGAAUGAGACUUUGAAUGUUUUGAGUUGCCCAAGGUUCUCACAGGAAUGUAAUGUUUAAUUUACACCACCAGGUGCCCUCAUUCACCAUUGUGGAUUAACACUUCCUUAUGACAAGGCCUGUUUUCUGAAUAGAGGGUGGCUGUCCUAUCCAGAACUCCCUCACUGCCCUCUGUGUUGGGGUCAAAAAUGAUGCUACAUACAGGGAGUGGACUGGGCCACUGUAUGCCAUUCUUCCCCCUGUGAAAUGCAAUCUUUAGGAUAUGGCUAACCACAACAAUGUUUGGUGCAAUUUUGUGCUUCGGUAGCCACUCCUGCCACGUGUGUGUGUGUGUGUGUGUGUGCGUGCGUGGUUGUAUAUUUGUGUGUAAGUACAUGCAUUUUAGCAAUUAGUGAUCAGUGGAAACUGCGCCCAAAAUGCCUUGCGCAUUCUGACUGUAAUAGGAAAAAAAGACAAAUAAAGAAUAUAUACAAAUGUAUACAAUUGAAAUGUACCCUUUUUAGAUGGAAAAAAGACACUUAUAUCCCUCACGUUUGGUCUCUGUGUAAAAGUAAAUUGUAAAAGAAGCCAUGUUUAUGAUUCUAAUUGGUUUGUGACCAAUAAGCCUGUUUAUAUCAGAUCUGUAUAUCAGUGGUACGCAUAAUUUUUUAAUAUAUUUUUUUUAUUUGUUGUUUUUUUAUGGGAUGUUCUCUGCAUGGUUGGAGCCUGAGAGACACUGCGUGCCUGUUGGCCUGUCAUAAAUGAAUGCAAAUUUUGAUGGAAAAGGUUGGGCAACUAUUGGAACAGCUGACACUUCUAUGUGUUGAUAAUCUUCACCAUGAUGAUAAUAAAAAGAUAUUUAUUUCACUUG